AUGGCUUUCAAGGCUUUCAACAUCAGAGCUCCAAAGAAAAAGCUCAGCAGAAGACAAUCGCGAGCUGAGCUUGAAAUCAGAGCUAAAUCACUGGACUUACCUCCGACUUCUGUAAGAUCUGUUGUUCUGAGAUUUCUUGAACAAAAUCAUCUGUGGAACUUCGACGAUGUGUGGGAAGAUGCAAUCGGAACCAAACUCAUCAAAAGAGCUCUUCAAGAAGAUCGUACUACCAGAGGACUUAUGGAGAUUUUUGAGCUCAGCAAGAAACAACAUAAAAUACGACCGAUUGGAAUCACACGAUACCUCAACGAGUUAGUUUAUGUGCUCCGAAAUGUGUAUAAAUCUACCGAGCUUAAAGGAUUUGAGCUGGACUCUCAACAGAUUGAGGUUUUUAUAAGAAAACUGGAGCUAAAUGAAGAAAUUGUAUUUUCAUCAGACUAUCAUCUACUGUACUCGUUAUUGAGCUAUCUCGGCUGGGACGUCUUCCAAGAUUCAUAUUCAUCGACAGUCUACCUUCAGUGGAAAUGCCUAGAGCUUGAUUUGCGAGUAAAUUUGGACACAUUUAGCAAUUAUUCCAAGAUCGAAUCUGGCCAUUUCGUCAUGGUCAUUACUCUAACUAAAUCAACACCGAUUGAACUCGUGCUAACUCAAUUAAAAACCCAGGCGAAAGCGAACUCAAGACGAUUAGUCUUGAUCUUUUAA